AGAGAGAGACAGACAGACAGACAGACAGAGGGAGAGCGACCGAUUGUGAAGUUUUUUCUGUAAUUCACUGGCUUGCAAUUACUCUAAGCUUGAAGGUGAAGAAUUGGAGUUUCUGGAGUAAAUUUUGGUGAAAAGCGGGAUUAUCGCUGAGCUUAACUUACUCAGUUGAGCCCCAACAUUGGGGUAAUUCUGCCUCGGAAUCAGCUCGAAAUGAUUGAGCAUCGUUAAGUGAGGUUGGAAACUAGAUGAAACGAAGGGUUAAUCCGUUGAAGUCGCAUCACCAAUGGAAGAGAAGGCUAUUAUUAAUCGUGCUGUUCUUGGGGUUUUGCUGGGCGAGUGUGGUUUUACUGGAGUCGCAGUCCAGUCGAAUCAGGACGUUGGGUCUGUUUUCUCCUCCUUAUGUUCAGAAGCCGAAAAUCGCGUUCCUGUUUAUCGCGAGGAAUCGGCUUCCGCUGGAUAUGGUUUGGGAUGCUUUCUUUCAGGGAGAUAAAGAGAACAAAUUUUCAAUCUUCGUUCACUCUAGGCCUGGGUUCCUCUUCAACAGGGCAACAACAAGAUCAACUUAUUUCCUAAAUCGUCAAGUUAAUGACAGCAUACAGGUAGAUUGGGGAGAGGCGAGCAUGAUUAGGGCAGAGCGUAUUUUACUGAAGCACGCAUUUGCGGAUCCUUUUAAUGUUCGAUUUCUUUUUCUUUCAGACAGCUGCAUACCGUUGUACAACUUCAGCUACACAUAUGACUAUAUUAUGUCUGCACCAACUAGUUUUGUGGACAGUUUUUCUGACACAAAAGAGGGCCGCUACAAUCCAAAAAUGCAUCCUGUGAUUCCUCUUCAUAACUGGAGGAAAGGAUCCCAGUGGGUUGUUCUCACAAGAAAACAUGCAGAGAUUACAAUGAAAGAUGACACAGUAUAUCCUAUGUUUCAAUGGCAUUGCAAGAGGAGGCCGCUACCUGAGUUUUGGCGACAGCAUCCCAUGCCUGCUGAUGUAUCGAAGGAGCAUAAUUGUAUACCAGAUGAACACUACGUUCAGACAUUACUGGCGCGAGAAGGACUUGAAGGCGAGAUUACACGGAGGACGCUGACUCAUACAUCAUGGGAUCUUUCAUCCGUCAAAGACCCUAAACGGCAGGGAUGGCAUCCCGUGACAUAUAAGUUAGCAGAUGCUACUCCCACAGUGAUCCAAUCUAUUAAGGGUAUAGAUAAUAUCUAUUAUGAGACAGAAUACCGAAGAGAAUGGUGCACUAGCAAGGGGAAACCCUCUCCAUGCUUCCUUUUUGCUAGGAAGUUCACUAGGCCAGCUGCUCUUCGGCUUCUUAACAUGUCUGUGUUGGGAGCUUCGCAUAGAAGCGACAAGUAAAUAUCAAAUUAAUAUCAACUAUAACCGGGAUAAGUGUUACCAAGCACGGAAAAGAUUGUGUAAUUUGUGAUGCAAAAAUAGAGGGACGGGAGCUGUAAAAAGGGUAGGGGAGAAGAAAUUGAAACCCCUGUAAGCUGUAUAUACUCGUGCUGUUGUUCCUUGCUCUAUGUUGAAAGAUGCUGGGUCUUCCAUAGAUGAUAUACAUUCUGUCUAGACCAGAAUGUAACUAGAGGAGACUUCUGCAAAACUUAGAGUUUGCGUCACUUGAACAUUUUGUAUGUUCAAACACGGUUUGAUAUUA